AUGUUCGAGAAGUUCUUUAACCGUUUAAGUAAUGAAGAGCGAUCAAGGCUUCAACCCUCUGGAACCUCCAUAAAGGGCAUUGCUGAUAUACCCCUCAAGCCUUUAGGGCAACUGACACUGAAUGUUCGUUUCAGUGAAGGUCAGAAGGAAAGGAUCCAGCCACUCACCUUCGUGGUUAUCAACAUACCUUCGAACUAUGACGUGAUCAUAGGAAGACCGGGACAAUGUGCCUUCUUCAUGGUCGUGUCUGUUGGGCAUGGCACGGUAAAAUUCCCAACCGAGAGGGGGAUAGCAACCCUUCAACCCUCUCAAGAGGCCUACGUGGUUGAAGGCGAAAGUCCCAGAAGUGAAGAAGACAAGCAAAGGCUUAUCACAAAUCCUAAGUACCCUGAACAAAGAAUAAGGAUCAACCUAAGCCUUUCACAAGAAACUCUCUCUUAUUUGGAAAAGUUGUUGACACAUUACAGCGAUGUCUUCGCUUGGUGUCCGGAAGAUAUGACAGGAAUCCCCCGAAACAUUGCUGAGCAUGAGUUAAGAAUACCUCCCGAUGUUAAACCUGUGGUCCAAAAGAAAAGAAGCUUAGCACCAGAAAGAAGCCUGGCUGCUUACUUCAAAGAUCUCAACAAAGCUUGUCCUAAGGACUGCUAUCCACUACCAGAAAUUGACCUCAAGGUUGACUCGCUCACCGGUUACCCUUUCAAAUGCUUUCUCGAUGCUUACAAAGGGUAUCAUCAAAUACUCAUGAAAGAGGAAGACGAAGAAAAGACGGCGUUCCACACUGAUAAAGGAAUCCUCUGUUACAAGAAGAUGCCCUUUGGACUAAAGAACGCCGGAGCAACCUACCAACGUCUGGUGAACAAAGCUUUUGCAAGUCAAAUUGGCAAAAACAUGGAAGCCUAUGUCGAUGACUUGGCUAACCCAAACAAAGUAAAAGCUGUCCUCGAAGCCAAGCCACCAAAAACCAAAAAAGAGGUUGAAAGCUUAAAUGGGAAACUGGCUGCCUUGAAGCGUUUCACCUCCAAGCUGGCUGAAAGGUCCCUACCCUUCUACAAAAUACUUAAAAAUUGUUCUGAUAAGAAGGACUUCAAGUGGACUGAUGAGGCUAAGGAAGCCUUCAACCAGAUGAAGCAACACCUUGCUUCCUUGCCAGACAUCGCAGCUCCAGAAACAGGAGAGUUAAUUUCAGUCUACCUAUCAAUUGCUGAGGAAGCUAUAAGUGCAGUCCUCACAAUCGAACAAAACACGGCUCAGGUACCUGUUUACUUCUUUAGCAAAACUUUAAAAUUGGCUGAGACCAAAUAUCCUCCCCUUGAAAAUCUUGCCCUAGCCUUAGUUCAAACAGCUAGAAGGCUUAGGAGGUAUUUCCAAACACAUCCCAUACAAGUGGUCACGGACCAACCUGUUAAAAAUGUGCUUGAAAAACCUGAGAACUCGGGAAGAUUGGCGAAAUGGGCGGUGGAGCUAGGUGAACACAACAUCACAUAUGUCCCACGAAAAGCUAUUAAUGCCCAAGUUUUGGCCGACUUCAUUGUGGAAGUCCCAAACCAAAUAAAUAACGAAGUAAACACUGCCAUCGCUGAACCCUUCAACCCUGAAGCUUGGAAGCUAUUCACCGACGGAGCUUCAAGCGUUGAAGGGUCAAGGGCUGGGCUAGUUUUAAUCAACCCAGAAGGGUUGGAAUUCACAUAUGCUCUUCGUUUUGAUUUUCAUACCACCAAUAAUGAAGCUGAAUACGAGGCACUAAUCAUCGGCUUAAGGCUGGCUAAAGAAAUAAAAGUUCAAAAGCUUGAAGUGUUCACAGACUCAUUAUUAGUCUCGAGCCAAGUCAACGAUAGCUAUGUCGCCAAAGAACCCAAUAUGAGAAGAUAUAAGGAAAAAUCCAAAGAGCUGAUGAAUACCUUCCAAACGUGCAGUGUCAAACAAAUUCCCAGAUCCCAAAACAAAAAGGCUGAUGCCUUAAGUAAGCUAGCAUCUCUCACCUUCGCCCACCUCACCAAAAAGGUGUUGGUAGAAGUGUUGAAGGCUCCAUCAAUUGAUGAAUUGGAGGUUGUAGUUUCAGUUGCUUGA